AAUGGAGGGAGGGAAAACCAAAGCAGAGCAGAGCAAACCAAAUUAAGCAAAACACUACUACUGAAUCCUUAAACCUCUCCCUCAUCACCAAGUCAAAUGUACAGAUUCAGCAACACCCUCAUCGGCUUCCUGAACCUCUUCACUUUGCUGGCCUCCAUACCCAUAAUCGGCGGCGGCUUAUGGAUGGCCAAGAACCGCACCACCUGCGAGAGCUUCCUCCAGACCCCGCUGCUCAUCAUCGGCUUCGUCAUCCUCCUCGUGUCUCUGGCGGGUUUCAUCGGCGCCUGCUUCAACGUCGCCUGGGCGCUGUGGCUCUACCUCGCCGUCAUGCUGCUGCUUAUAGGGGCGUUGAUGGGGUUGACUAUAUUCGGGUUCGUCGUGACGAGCCGCGGCGGCGGCGCCGAGGUGCCGGGGAGGGUUUACAGGGAGUACCGGCUGGCCGACUACUCGCCCUGGCUCCGCAGACGGAUUCAGGAUCCGAGGUAUUGGGAGACCAUCCGGAGCUGUAUACUGGGUUCCAAUACCUGUGCGGCUGUUGUUUAUUGGACUCCUGUUGAUUAUCUCCAGAGGGGCAUGUCUCCCAUACAGUCUGGGUGCUGCAAGCCGCCGACGGCGUGCAGUUAUGCGGCGGAGGCUGGGGCGGCGCUGGGGCAAGACCCGGACUGCUACAAGUGGAACAACGCUCCGAAUGUGCUAUGCUAUGAGUGCGAUUCCUGCAAAGCGGGGGUGCUGGAGACGGCGAGGAGAGACUGGCACAAGCUGUCGGUGCUCAACAUUAUCGUGGUAGUGGUGCUCAUCGGCGUCUAUGCUGUCGGCUGCUGUGCCUUUCAAAACGCCAACCGCUCAGAGUCCGGCUACCCCUACGGCGAGAACCGCAUGUCCAAAUCCCGCCCCAGAUGGGACUAUCACUGGCGGAGAUGGAUGCAAGACAGAAGAAACUGGCUCUAUUAGGCGAAGCUUUUUGUUUAUAUUUCAUCUACACUACAGUUGCCAGUCUCUGUUCUUGAAUCUGGAAAUUAGGCUGAGACAAUUAAAUCUGCUCUUUCUUGUUCAGGAUUGUAUAAGUAUGUAUAUUAAUUUUACUUUCUUUUUCUGCAAA